CGGCAAGUGACGUUCUCAGCGUUUGUCAUCGGACGCAGUGGUGACGGCUAUGUCGGGGGCGGAGUUCCAGCGUCGGGUCCGCAGGAAGAUGGCGCUCCCCGUGGCUCCUGCCGACCGGCGACUUCAGCCUGAGCCCGACGAGCAGGUGCACCUUAACCACCGGGAGCUUGGAGAGCUGGACCUGCCGCAGGAGCCAGACACCGAGGGAAUUCCGCUCAAUUCACCCUGGACUUUCUGGCUGGACAGAUCAUUACCUGGAACAACAGCAGCAGAAUGUGAAUCAAAUCUAAAGAAGAUUUACACUGUACACACCAUCCAGAGUUUCUGGAGCGUCUACAAUAACAUCCCUCUCGUCUCAAACCUCCCCCUAAGAUGGAGUUACCAUUUAAUGAGGGGCGAGAGAAAACCUCUCUGGGAAGAAGAAAGCAACGCAAAAGGAGGGGUGUGGAAGAUGAAAGUUCCUAAAGAAGCCUCUUCUUUGGUUUGGAAAGAGUUAUUGCUAGCUACUAUUGGUGAACAGUUUACAGAUCACUGUUCGCCUGAGGACGAAGUGAUCGGUGUCAGCGUGAGUGUUCGUGACCGGGAAGAUGUUGUUCAGGUCUGGAACGGGAAUGCCUCUGUUGUGGGUGAAGCAAAGGUCCUAGAGAAAAUAUAUGAACUUCUGCCAAACACGUCUUUCAAAGCUGUAUUUUAUAAACCCCAUGAAGAGCAUCACGCCUUUGAAGGGGGGCGCUCAAGACAUUAGUGGAACGGCUGUAGAGUCAAAUUGUCUUCUUUUAACUCUUUCACUUCCGGGAAGGGAUCCUGCAAUGUAUUGGAAUAUUGCUGGCCCGUCUCCGUUAAAGGGUUAAUAGUCUGUACCGGAGGAAGGCCAGGCAGAUGUUUUUUUUGCAAAGCGACUACUGGUCUUUUUUUUUUUUUUUUAGAUAUUUUUUUUAACAACUUCAGAACGGGCAAUUUAGUACUCAAAGUGUAAAUGUUUCAUGACUUAAUCUAAUAUUUAAUGUAAAAUAUAUAAAAAAAAUCUUCCUUUUUUUGCCACUCCUCCCUAUAAAUACUCAGUGAAUACUGUACAGUCAGUAUUUAGCUUGCAAUGCCUUUCUCUGCUUCUGUAUAUGAGGGGGGGUCAUGUGAUAGCUGCGCUGCUGGAAGAUAGAGCGACUCUCCCCUGGCUCAAGAGAAAUCUUUGACCUCUCAGCUGUCAUUCGGGCCUUCUUAACCCCUGCAGGUCUCUCCUGUACCCUGGGAGAGCUUGGUUUUAUAUCCUCCGUAUAUGGAAUGAUAGGGCUGUGUGCAUUUAUAUGCUGCACUUGUGUACAUACUACAGGAUUGUCAAAAAUAGGCAAAAAAAAAGGCAAAUGUGCCCUCUUUAUAGGCAUGGUUUGGCUUCCAUUUACUUUCCCUUUAAAUAGGUUUUAAGUACAUGAUGGGCAUAGCUUUUAUUGUAUGCAGGAAGAGCAGCCAUAUUGUUCAACUUGGCAGAGGCAUUCUUUUAAGACUUAAACAGUCCCAUUUGUGUUUGAACGCUUGGUGGUCUUUUGUUGAAGCCUAUGGAGGCUGCCUUUACAGAGUUAAGCACUAUGGUAACACCCACUUGCACAUCUAUAGAAGAAGAGCUGCGGUGACCUCACGGCUGAGCGGUGACCUCACGGCUGAGCGGUGACCUCACGGCUGAGCGGUGACCUCACGCCUUACUCUUUAUUUAGGGACAAUAAAAAGUCUAUACCCGCUGCUUACAGACAGUCUCGUACAUUGGAUUACACCAGUGCAGACUCCCCCGCUGUUUGCACAAUCUCUUUAAUCAAUGUACAUAGAAGAUUUACUCAUAGUUUAGCGACAUUCCUCUCCCCUGGACACAGAUCAUUGCACUGUAUCGCUAUGUAACAUGAUCUGCUCUUGCACUGACAGUUUUGCACAAGUCACACAGCGUGAUAAUUGGUCAUUGUACAAUGACUUGGUUUUUAGUGUUGGCAAAAGGUCCCAGUUGGAUGAUGUAAUUACUGGAUUUAUAUCUGUUGGUUUGACUUGGCCUUGAAUCAUAGAGGGAUCCCUGAGCCUGGCCGUGAUUGGAUGUAUAGGUACAGAGGUUUGUAUACGCGCAGAUAUUGGGCCUGUGUGUUCAGCCGAGCCCCGAUUCCACACUCAGGAUCUGUGAUUUUGUUUGUGUCCCUCUAGCUGCUCAACUACAACUCUCAGCUGACAGUUGUAGUACCUGCAAGUAGGACACUACUGCGUUUAACCCUCAACAGGUUUCCCCCUUGAUAAUGUCAUUUUCUAGUUUUAAUCACCAGAACAAGGCGAGUUGAGUCUGUGAUGAGCAACCAGCUCUCCUGAUGUUCUUUUAGCUCUUUGUAGCAUGUUUAGGUGUUUAGUUCAACCUUGGUUAACGGGCACAGGGUAGUGCUGCUGAAUGCUUUCUUUUGUUCACCAAUGAUCCCAAGUGUCAUUCCAGUAUGUAGCGCCUCCUGGUGGCUUGUCAGAGGAUUGUACAAAGUACUAGAAGCCGGAGAUACUGCACAUACACAAGGGGUUGAGCUACCGCUGGACUGAACACUAUAUGAUGGAGCUGCUGUAUGAACAGAAGUGUGCGGAGCUUUACUUUCCCUUGAAUGUCGGAGGCUUAACAUUAAACAUUUAAAGCUGUAGCUACGUAAUUAAGUUGCUGUGGGGUCAAAUAGUUCUGAUGCACUUUUUGCUGCAGGUUAGGGCACCCAUAUUGAGAUUAUAGCAAUGCUGAUUAUAUGUAGCAUUAAUGUGAAUAAUAUCAGUCUCCAUCCCGCCAGCACCAUCAAUCUCUUUUAUUCUCAUAGAACCAAAGAUUUAGCAGUUGCCAGUGAAUGUGCGGUACCCUCACCUUUUUCUCAUUGGAAUUAACCAUCUGUAUUCUGGUUGGGGGGGUGCCCACAUGCCCCCCUACUGUAGGCAGCCCCAUUCAGCUGUUCCGCCAAGAUUGCACAUCUGUCAUCCACAACCGUCAUCCGCUCUUAAUUUAUCCCCCCCCCCUUUCCUCUUUGUUUUAGGCUUUUCCUCUGUAUUUAUAAACUGCUUACGUGUACCCAUUGUAUUGUGAAUAAAGAUUUUCUUCUUAAACAGUC